UUUGAGUCAAAUGUCAACGCACGCUAUCGGACAUUUACGAAGUUUCAGCUUCAAUUGCUCUCUCUUUUUUUCCUCCUACUAUUCAUAUUUUCCUUCAUUUUCUCGGCACAAAAAAACGCGGAAUUGGCUUAUUUUCCUCCCAAAAGGCCAUUCACCCUUUUCAUGGCAGUUGUCUCGAUUCAGUCACGUAUCAAGAAGGAGAUUCAUGGAGUUGUUGAUUUGGGGUUGAUUUCUGGGGUUUCUGGAGUUUUGGAUUCGUCUUUUGUGUUAUUCUUUGAUAGGACUAUGCGAGAGAGCAUGACAAAAAAUUUUGUGUGAUUGUACUAGAUCUUCAUGGCAUAUGCAGCUUGAAAUUUCUUGAACUUGAUUUGUGAUCGUGAAUUUUCAGUAAUUUUUCUUCAUUCCUGGGUCUUGGGUAAGUGGGCUUCCUCCAUCUUCUUCACUUCUGGGUCUGGUUCUUUGCAGCAGUUCAGAUGGGCUGGUGGGUUUCACUUCUCUUGUAAGUGUAACUGUUGAAUCACCUCUUGUAACCUAGAACUGCUGAAUCCAUUCUCUUGCAAAGUGAAUUUCUUAUCCAUAGAGCCUUUGAAUUUUUUAUUUCUUUCCCCUAUAACAUCGCAACAAUUUCCCCACGUCUGAGAUUAAAUUCUAUCUGGGGGGCUUUCUCUUGUACCCCAGUUCAUGUUUUGUCCUUUUGAGUCUGUUCUGGCAACGAUUUGAUUUGAUUUGAUUCGGGUUCCUCCAAUUUGAGAGGCUUGGUAGAUUUGGGUCUCCAUUUCCUUUUGAGGGUUUUCAAGGUUUCGAUUUUUUGGUUGGUGAUUCUUUCCCUCCAUCAAUCUUCCUUGUCAUGGAGGAGUGCAGAGCAAUAAUCCCAACCUAUGAAGGAGAAGAACAUGUGGUGGCUGCAGCUCAUCAUAUGGUGAAGGCACUAAUGGCAAGUAAGAACCUCACGGGGGAUUUCAAAAAAAUCCUAGUGGAUCUUGACACCCACCUGUCCACCAUGACCAUCCUCAAUGAAAGAAAGGAAGAUGAAUUGAGUGAGGUUGAAUUGCGGCUCAAAUGUGCAGAGAAGAAGAUAAUGAAUCGGGAGUCGAAGCAGUUGAUGAUAUGGGACUCGGGUUCUAAGCAAGUGUCGGAGUAUCUGCAAGCUGUUGAAGAAGUCCAAACCUUGAAAGAAAGUUUGGAGAGCUUGUCUUUGAAUGGAGGUGAGAAACAGAAGAGACUACUUCGCCAAGCGGAGAGCAUUCUGCAGAUCGCAAUGGUAAGGCUUGAGGAAGAGCUACUCCACAUUCUUCGACACAAGAAGCAAUCCUUUGAGCCUGAAUUCGCAUCUUUUCAUUCUUGUGAGGAGGUUGUUGUGUAUGAAGAAUCCAUUGUUUCGGUGGAAGAUGACAUCUCUGAGGACUCAUCAAGGAGAGAUAGCAAUGGGGAUGAAUCCAAGGAAUAUACAAUUGGUUUGAUCAAUCCAGAAGUAAUUCCUCAUCUCAAAUCCAUUGCAAAUGUGAUGUUUGCUUCCAACUAUGACCAGGAAUUUUGCCAGGCUUUCAUUGGUGCCCGGAAAGAUGCCUUGGAUGAGUACUUGGGCAUUCUUGAGCUGGAGAAACUCAGCAUUGAGGAUGUGCUGAGGAUGGAUUGGGGAAACUUGAACUACGAGAUAAAGAAGUGGAUCAGGGCUAUGAAGAUAAUCGUUCGGGUUUAUCUGGCUAGCGAGAAACGGCUAUGCGAUCACAUCUUGGGGGAUUUUGGAUCCAUUAAUCCAAUUUGCUUUGUUGAAACUUCAAAGACUUCAAUGUUGCGCCUCUUGAAUUUUGGUGAAGCUGUAGCAAUUGGGCAGCAUCUGCCGGAGAAGUUGUUCAGCUUAUUGAACAUGUAUGAGGCUCUGGCAGAUCUUCUCCUACACAUAGAUGCUCUGUUCUCUGAAGAAGCCGGCGCUUCCAUCAGGAUUGAUUUCCACAAGCUUCAAAGGGAAUUGGGUGAUGCUGCGGGAGCAACUUUUAUGGAAUUUGAGACUGCUAUUGCAUCAUACACAUCAACGAGCCCUUUCCCAGGAGGUGGCAUUCUCCAUCUCACCAGGUAUGUCAUGAAUUACAUCAAGAUCCUUACUGAAUACAGCAAUACGCUCAAUUUGCUUCUCAAGGACCAGAAUGGGGAGGAUCCAGAGCCUCUUAUUGAAGCAGAGAAUGCGCAGGGUGUUCCUUCUCAAGUAGUCUGUCCAGUAGCUCAUCACCUUCGUUCAAUCGCAUCUCUCCUGGAAUCGAACCUUGAAAGCAGAUCCAAAUUAUACAAAGAUGUGUCUUUACAACACAUAUUUUUUAUGAACAACAUUCACUACAUGGUCCAGAAGGUUAAGGGGUCUGAACUGAGGGGUUUCUUUGGUGAUGAAUGGAUCAGGAAGCACAUGGUGAAGGUUCAGCAGCGUGUGACAAGCUACGAGAGAACUACUUGGAGUUCAGUCCUUUCUUUGCUUAGAGAAGAUGGAAAUUCGGGUUCAAGUUCACCCUGGAAGAUGAUUCUUAAAGAGAGGUGCAGGGGCUUCAGUAUUGCUUUUGAGGAGGUAUACAAAAACCAGACAGCCUGGUCUAUCCCUGAUCCUCAGCUUCGUGAUAAUUUACGAAUUUUGACUUCACAGAAAAUAAUCCAGGCAUAUCGGGGUUUUAUUGGGAGGAACUCUGAAAAUCUCAGUGACAAGCACAUCAAGUACUCAGCAGAUGAUCUGGAGAAUUAUGUCCACAAUCUCUUUGAAGGGUCACCAAAAUCACUGAACAAUAGAAGGAAGUGAAAUCUGAAUAGUUUUGAGUUUCAGUAUUCGUUUUCUUUGCUCCUUAAUUAUUUCAUAUUUGUCAUUGAUGUAAACAUGUUAAGUGAUUCACUCUAUGGCUACAGUCAACGGUUCUCAAGCUGCAAAACUAGGCUGUUAUAUAACUGUAACUUUAUCUUGUGAUAAUAUUGAGUGGGAUUAUAGGCAGGGUUACAUGGUUA